UUGGUGAGUAAGGCAGCCACGAUGAGGACACUUACCUAAUAUAUAGUACUACAUAGAAGAAAGUACAAUGCAGAGAAACCAGACAAAGUCGCAAACUAUGUGGAGCCGGAGCCUCCCCGGUGUAGCCGCUGCCGUCGUCUUCUUCCUCUCCACCAUGGCCCUACCGGCGGCUGCGGCCGUCGUCGAGCACACAUUCGUUGUGAGCCAGAUGAAUAUGACACACAUGUGCAAGGAGAUGCUGGUCACCGUGGUGAACGGGCAGCUCCCGGGGCCGACGAUCGAGGUCACAGAGGGAGACUCGGUGGCCGUUCAUGUCGUCAACAAGUCGCCCUACAACAUAACAAUCCAUUGGCAUGGAGUGAAGCAGCGGCGGAACUGUUGGGCUGACGGGGUGCCGAUGAUUACCCAACGCCCCAUCCUUCCGAACCACAACUUCACCUACCGGUUCAACAUCACCGGGCAAGAAGGAACCCUGUGGUGGCAUGCUCAUGUCUCGUACCUCCGGGGAACCUUGCAUGGCGCCUUCAUCAUCCGGCCGAGACAUGGGUCCAGCCCGUACCCUUUUCCUAAGCCUCACAGGGAGAUCCCCAUCAUUAUAGGGGAGUGGUGGGCUAUGGACCUUACAAAGGCGGAGAGGGACUUGACGUACUAUUUGGCUGAUGAUGACCCCAGUGCAUCCACAAUCAACGGCAAGCUUGGAGAUCUCUACAACUGCUCCGGGGUCGCGGAAGAUGGCUACGUGCUGGACGUGGAGCCCGGCAAGACCUACCUGCUCCGAGUAAUCAACGCUGCGCUCUUCUCCGAGUACUACCUCAAGAUCGCCGGGCACAAGUUCACGGUGGUCGCCGCCGACGCCAACUAUGUCAGCCCCUACACCACGGAUGUCAUCGCCAUCGCGCCCGGUGAGACGCUGGAUGCCUUGGUGGUCGCCGAUGUGGCCCCCGGCAGGUACUAUAUGGUCGCCUCGCCCAACCAGGCGCCGAAGCCCGACCCCCAGCACCCAGUGUUCGUCACGAGGGCCACAGUGCAGUACAACAACAAGCACAACCACAGCAAUAACGGUGAUGUUCCAGUGGCACCUGAGAUGCCUUAUCAGCACGACACGAUGACAUCGUUCUACUUCCACAGCAACCUGACCGGCCUGCGCCACUCGCAACGCCCGCCGGUGCCGGCGCAGGUCGACGAGCGCCUGUUCAUCACGCUCGGCCUUGGCUCUGUGUGCCGGAAAGGCGACUCCUGCGUGAGGGGGGACAGCAACGACAGCAUCACUGUGGCGACAAUGAACAACGUCUCCUUCCAGCUCCCCGCGGCGACAACACCGCUGCUAGAAGCGCACUACUACAACACCAGCAGCAUGGACGACAUGCUUCAGGAGCUCCCUGGCAGGCCGCCAAUGGCGUUCAACUUCACCGACCGCGCCUUGAUCCCGACGGGACCCAAGGAGCUGCGGCUAGAGCCGACGUCCAAGGCAACGGUCGCGCGACGAUUCCGGCACGGCGCGGUGGUUGAGGUGGUGUUCCAAAGCACGGCGCUGUGGCAGAGCGACUCCAACCCGAUGCACAUGCAUGGGCACGACAUGUUCGUGCUAGCAAGGGGGCUCGGCAACUACGACGCGGCGAGGGACGUCGACAGGUACAACCUGGUGGAUCCGCCGUUGAAGAACACCGUCCUCACCCCGAGGGUCGGCUGGGUCGCCGUCCGAUUUGUCGCGGACAAUCCAGGGGUAUGGUUCGUACAUUGCCACUUCGAUUUUCACUUGACAAUGGGCAUGGCGGCAGUGUUUAUAGUAGAGGAUGGGCCAACACAAGACACGUCCCUCCCUCCACCACCUACAGAUUAUUUGACAUGUGGCCAUAAUCUCGUGCCAGAUGAAUUCUAUCUCCGGUCUACGAAAACUGAAGUGCCAGAUAAAAGUGGAGUCUAAAUGAUGACUCCGACCACUACCUUUUUAUAGAAUAAACAAAGUAAAUUUGCAAAUAUGAACGUGUAUGAUGAAGUAGAGUUAAUAUGCCCGUAUGUAGCUGGUCUAAAUAUUCAUUAGUAUGUUGCCCGCUUUUGCAAGUGCCUUUUAUCAAGAUUGUAUUUGUGCGACAUUCACCAGGCUUUUGUAAUAUUUCACACGCUAGUUUAAUGGU